UUGCAAGUACCGUUCCAGAAGUGCAGCUCCUAGCUGAGCCCCAGCAGCAUGGCUGCCCCAGGGAUUGAGGAGAGCGGCAGCAGUAAGGAAAAAAAAGUGUCUUCUGUGCUGUCGCCUUAAUUAGGGAAACAUUUAUGACAUGAUCUCUUGAAAGACAAAUGUCCAUGGAGUGAGUUAACCGCUCCGAAAUGCCUCUCCGCCAGCAACAAGAGGAGUUUCCGCUUAGAUCGGUGUCUGUGGAUCUAAACAGUGAUCCUUCUCUGCAGAUUGAUAUUCCAGAUGCACUCAGUGAGAGAGACAAAGUCAAGUUUACUGUGCAUACCAAGACCAAACUGCCCAAUUUUAAGAGCCCUGAUUUUUCUGUAACACGCCUACAUGAAGAUUUUAUCUGGCUACACGACUCUCUCAUUGAGACUGAAGACUAUGCAGGAUUGAUUAUUCCCCCAGCCCCAGCAAAACCUGAUUUUGAUGGGCCCCGAGAAAAAAUGCAGAAAUUGGGAGAGGGCGAAGGUUCCAUGACUAAGGAUGAAUUUUCCAAAAUGAAACAGGAGUUGGAAGCUGAGUAUUUGGCAGUAUUUAAGAAGACUGUGGCAGUGCAUGAAGUUUUCCUGCAGAGGAUAGCAUCGCACCCUAUUUUAUGCAAAGACACCAACUUCCACAUAUUCCUAGAAUAUGACCAAGAUUUAAGUGUAAGGAGGAAGAAUACAAAAGAAAUGUUUGGAGUCUUCUUUAAGAGCAUGGUAAAAAGUGCAGAUGAGGUUUUGUUUUCUGGAGUAAAGGAAGUUGACGAGUUCUUUGAUCAAGAAAAAACCUUCCUGGUAAACUACUACAACAGGAUCAAGGACUCGUGUGCAAAAGCUGACAGAAUGACAAGAACUCACAAAAAUGUCGCAGAUGAUUAUAUUCAUAUUUCGGCUGCCCUAACAUGUGUAGCUGAAGAGGAGAACACUCAAGUUAGAAAGUACUUGCUAAAGUUGGCCGAGUUGUUUGAAAAGCUUCGGAAAGUAGAAGCCAGAGUUGCAUCAGAUCAGGACCUAAAACUUUCAGAGCUUUUAAGAUACUACAUGCUUAACAUUGAAGCAGCAAAGGACCUCUUACACAGACGUACAAAAAGCCUGGGCGAUUUUCAGAAUUCCAAUAAAGCCCUUGACAAAGCUAGGCUGAAAAGCAAAGAUGUGAAACCAGCAGAGCAGCAUCAGCACGAGUGUUGCCAGAAGUUUGAAAAGCUCUCGGAGUCUGCAAAACAAGAGUUGGUUGGCUUCAACCGGAGAAGAGUAGCUGCUUUUCGCAAAAACCUUGUCGAAAUGACAGAACUAGAGAUCAAACAUGCAAAGAACAACGUCUCCCUGUUACAAAGCUGCAUUGACCUGUUUAGGAACAGUUAAAGUUCUGCCUGAGCUCUUCGAAAGUACGUGAUCCAUAAGCACCAAUUGCACUGCAGAUGCCCAUCCUCCAGACCAACCAAGUGGCAUCUUUACAUCUCAUCUGUCAUUUCUUUCUGCUGGAGCAAAUAAUGAAACAUGCUUCUUUGUUUAAAAUAUUUUUAAUAUAUUAAGUCUCUUAAAAUAAAAUGUAAAUGUUAAAAAUGAAGGCAGGCCAUUACUCAAUAUUACUCCCAGCAUCCUGAUCCAGUGGCAGAAUGUUGGGGAGUUAUAAUUGUGCAAAAACUGGAAUGAGGCUGAUAAUCAAGUCCUAUACUAUAGAAAAUUUUGUUCAGUAUGUCUGUGGGCAGGUAUUUUAACUCUAAGGGCUACAUUUAAUGUCUUCCUACACAGAGAUGUACAAUAUAUAAGCAGUUUUUCAGUGAAAGCUUUUUUCAUCUAAAUAAAUUGGCUUCUAUGUUAAAGUA